CUGUGCUCUCUCCUUUCCUCCAUUUCUCACUUACCCUACCCUGCCGGGAUCUCUCUCGCCGGAAUCCAUGGAUCCAGUGAACGUGUGGGGAAACGCUUCCCUAGACACCGUGGACCCUGAAAUCCAUGACCUUAUCGAGAAGGAGAAGCGCCGCCAAUGCCGGGGCAUCGAGCUCAUCGCCUCCGAGAACUUCACCUCCUUCGCCGUUAUUCAGGCCCUUGGUAGCUCUCUUACUAACAAGUACUCCGAGGGCCUGCCCGGGAACCGUUACUAUGGAGGAAACGAGUUUAUCGAUGAGAUCGAGAAUCUCUGCAGGUCUCGCGCUCUCCAGGCCUACCGCCUUGACCCCGCCAAGUGGGGUGUCAAUGUCCAGCCCUACUCGGGUUCUCCCGCCAAUUUCGCCGCCUACACGGCGGUCCUCCAGCCCCACGACAGGAUCAUGGGACUUGAUUUGCCAUCCGGUGGUCACCUCACUCAUGGCUACUAUACCUCCGGUGGGAAGAAGAUCUCGGCUACCUCCAUUUACUUCGAGAGUCUGCCUUAUAAGGUGAACUCAACUACUGGGUACAUCGACUAUGACAGGCUGGAGGAGAAGGCCAUGGAUUUCAGGCCUAGGCUCAUUAUUUGCGGUGGCAGUGCGUAUCCCAGAGACUGGGAUUACGCCAGGUUCAGGGCCAUCGCCGACAAGGUUGGCGCCCUUUUGUUAUGUGAUAUGGCUCACAUUAGCGGUCUCGUUGCUGCUCAGGAAGCUGCAAACCCCUUUGAUUACUGUGACAUUGUCACGACCACAACCCACAAGAGCUUGAGAGGUCCAAGGGCUGGCAUGAUCUUCUACCGCAAGGGACCUAAACCACCCAAGAGGGGCCAACCAGAAGAUGCAGUGUAUGACUUUGAAGACAAGAUCAACUUUGCUGUUUUCCCCUCUCUGCAGGGUGGUCCCCACAAUCACCAGAUUGGUGCUCUGGCUGUUGCUCUGAAACAGGCUAUGACACCGGGGUUCAAGGCCUAUGCUAAACAGGUCAAGGCAAAUGCAGUCGCCCUUGGAAACUACCUGAUGAGGAAGGGGUACAAACUUGUCACUGAAGGAACUGAGAACCACCUUGUUCUUUGGGAUCUUAGACCCCUUGGCCUGACUGGCAACAAGGUUGAGAAGGUUUGUGAUCUCUGCAACAUCACUUUGAACAAGAAUGCUGUGUUUGGUGAUAGCAGUGCCUUGGCUCCUGGUGGAGUACGAAUUGGUGCCCCUGCUAUGACUUCAAGAGGUUUGGUUGAGAAGGACUUUGAACAGAUUGGAGAGUACCUUCACCGCACUGUGACAAUUACCUUGAGCAUCCAAAAGGAGCAUGGAAAGCUCUUGAAGGACUUCAACAGGGGUUUGGUGAACAACAAGGAUAUUGAGCAACUGAAGGCCGAUGUUGAGAAGUUUUCAUCCUCAUUUGACAUGCCUGGCUUUCUGAUGUCUGAGAUGAAGUACAAGGAUUAAAUCCAAGGAUACCAAAAUUUACAAGUAUACAUUGUCAGCCUGGCUCUUCAAAAAUUUUCUUAAUUUGAUUUGAUUACCGCUGAGUUAUGGGGAAACGGUGGUCUUUGAUAUCUUAGGUUAGUGGUCAAUUUCCACAUGAUGUUUGGUUGUUGCUCAUGUAUUAAAUUCUAAUAAUAAAAUGUUAUUAUCUGGAAUUCAAUUAUUAUCUG